AUGAAAGUGAAGUGGAACAUUGAAGAAGCAUUAAUGACGGCUUUGAAGUCAAUUGAAGCUUUUGUGAAUAAUCAUUCACACCUUGUUUCCAUCAAUAAUAAUAAUCAGUCAGAUUAUUCAAUUUGCCAUUUGUUAAGCUUUAUUUCAAUGAUGCUUGAAAUGGAUUACCAUUCUUCUUCUUCAACAAAAGAAAGCGAAAUCUUUUCAGCAAUGAGCUUAGAGAAUCUGAAAACCAGUUUUUGA